AUGGCUGAUGUGAACAGUUUGAGACAGCGGUUGUCACUACUCGUCGAUGAGAUUACACGUGAUAUUCAAGUAAUUGAAACAACACGGAAUUUAAAUUCAAAACAUCGUGUGGAAUUAUCUAUUAAUGAAGCAACACGACUGGCACGCGAUCUUGAACGUCUCGAUUCAAGUUAUGGACGUGAAUAUAAGCAACGUAUCGAUGCUAUUCGUCAACGUUUAGAAAAUGUCAGUCGAAUUCCUGUUCACGGAGCUUGGAAUUCUGGAUUUGAUCCUGAAGUUGAUAGACUUGGACAGCAACAGCGUGAUGCUCUCCUACGUGGUCACGCUUCCUUAGUACGUACUGGUGAAGCAUUAAAUAUCUCUCGACAAACAGCACAUGAAACUGAGCAACUCGGAAAUGAAAUCAUGGCAGAUUUAACUACACAACGUGAAACACUUCUACGUACACAAGACAGAUUGAAUGAAGGAAAUGAGCAUUUGAAAGCUGGUAGCAAAACACUUCGAUUAAUGUAUAGCAGAGUUAUCAUGAACAAAGUACUCCUAAUCACAAUCAUUCUCGUCGAACUUGGUGUUUUAGGUGGUGUUAUCUAUUGGAAAUUCUUUUCAAAAUGA